AUGUUAACCAAGAUAAGAAAUGUACUUCCCGGAGAUGAGGUGCCUUCCAACAACUCAAAAUCUCUCGGCAUCCACGGAAACAAAGCCAUGGUCGUGGGAACUUUGUGUAGAGCAUCAAAGCAUCUGUUUGUAAUGUCAAGGACAAAUAGGUAUCACCCAUGCAUCGAUGAUAUCGUAAUAGGAAAGGCUAUGGUUACUUCCCAAGACAUUCAUAGAAUAGACUUGGGAGGAGUAGUAGGAAUACUUCCCUCUCUUAGCUUCACUAAUGCAACGAAAAGAAAUAAGCCAGAAAUAAGUAAGGGAGAUUAUCUCUUAUGUAAGAUUUCUCGAAUGGGCAUCGAGCCAUUGCUCACAUGUGUUGGAGAAGGUUUUGGGAAAUUGAAUGGUGUUGUACUCCCACUAGACCCUUGGAAGAUACGUCUUCUCUACUUGAAUAGCACGUUGUCCACAAUAGGAAAAAAGUAUAAGUUCCGAAUUGCACUAGGACUGAAUGGAUUUGUUUGGAUCGAUGCGGAGAAAGACACUGACAUAAGAGACAUAUACCACCUUUUGCACGAGGAUGCACCGACUUAA